CUAAUCCCUUUUAUGGAACAAUUCGUAAAUAUUUCUUUUCGUUGUUUUUAUCUUAUCGUGCCAUAUUAUUCUGUUUGGCAAAGCCCUGAUUAUGAUCGCGAUACCUUAGACACACUUUUAGAACAUUUUUGUUCUUUUUUCUUUUGUGUUCGAGCGCUAAGUUUAGUAUAGUCUGAUUUGUGCGAAUCGACUGAGGGAAAACGAUUAAUAUCGUUUAAUUAUCGAUGCAGCACGAUACUAUCCCACUGUUUGUUAAGAAGUAUAAAGUAAUGAGUAGCCCAUAAAAAUACGAAAAUAACAGUUGCAUAAGAACUAUUGUUAUAUCUUUUACAAUGCCUUUUAUUAGAAUGCUUUUAAUUGCAUUAUGUAUGUAUGUAUAUGCAUACACAUGUACGAAAAGUAUUUGGCAACACACUUACACAUGUUUUCUACCAAAUAUUUAUCGUAUACUUCAACAGUUACUUUUAAUUAAAGAUAUAAAUAAUGUUAGAAAAAUUUUGAAAGUUAAUGAAAUAACACUAGCAUUUUUCUAUUUAUUUCGUAUUCUAGAGUAUGAUUCUUCUUUUUAAGAAUAUGAUUAUUCUACAUAUAUUUACGUGUUUACAGUAAAAAAGUGCUCCGCGGAAUUUAAAAAAUGCUACUUUUUAUAUCGCGUCGUAGAUAGGUCGAUACUUUGCGCGGCAAAUAGAAACACAAAGAGAUUUGAAUUUGUGUAACUAGCUAUCGUCUGCUGGUUUUCUGGUUAGGUUAGUUUAUACGCAGAACGGGACGUUUCCCACAUGGUUUUAUAAAUUAAGCGAAACAAUCCAAUUUUGUGCUGUGAUCCAGUGUUGAAAGAGUAUGAGCGAUGUACAGUAUAUAAUUGUUUCAAAUCACUAACAUUGUAAACAGAUUCUUCCAGAAUUUAAUAAAUUCAAUAAUUAAUAGAAACUCGAUAUUGGAAUUAGAAAAUUCGAGAUCAUUAAUGAUGCAGGUGAAUUCCCAGGAACGUGAAAAUAUUGAAACUACAAUAUUAGCCUUAGUAUUGUCACAGAAAAGAGGUUGCUCGUUACCUCAACUAUGUAAGGAGUACUAUGAUUUGGAAGGUGAACGAAUACCUUGGAAACGUUUAGGACAUAGUUCCUUGAUGAAAUUCCUACAGAGUAUGUCGAAAACGAUCGAAAUAGAAAAUAGGAACAAUGAAACCUUUUUACAUGGUAUUCCAUCUGAUAAGUCUAAACAUGUUAGUAAGUUAAUAGCUGGCCAAAAAGAUCAGAAGCCUAUACUUGGAAGAAAAGUGUAUAAACCAAGUCAUUAUUACCCAAAUACUGCACCGUUCAAGGUUCGGAUACCAGCUGAGAUAUUAAAUAUGACAAUUGAUUUUGUUAAUAAAUACCCAAAUGGUGUGAAUAAAGAUUAUAUAUUUCAAACAGUACAAGCACAGAUGCCGUAUGUGGACAUUACAAUGAGUGAAAUGGAAGAACAGUUGCAAAUGUUAUCGCACAAAAUUCAUAUGUAUAACAAUAAAAUCUUUCCAAUUCUAAAUAACUCAGAAACCUCCCAGUUGAGAUCACCGAUAGUGACUGCAAGUGGGAAUGAAGAUUUGGAUAAUAUGUAUGAAUAUGAGGACAAUGAAGAAAAUGAUUUUAAAUUUAUAUCUUCCACGAGUAUAUCUACUUCAUCUCCAAAAUCACUUGCAAAGACAAAAACAACAUCAUGUUUCAUAAAAGAAACUAUCUCUAAAUGCCAAAAUCAAAAUGUGAAAGAUGAAUUUAAUAUACUCACAGAAAAGGCUGAAAUCAAUGAAGAUAAUGUAUAUAAUUUGAACCAUUGCAAUGACAAUAUUGAAAUUCUUACAGAAUGUAACAAUAAUAAUAAUAAUAAUAGUGAUAUAGACAAUGAAAAUUAUGACAGUAAACAUACUGAAAACCUUAUAAAUGACAGAAUUAAAUUUCGUUUAGAAAAACUUAUCCAGAAUAAUCCCAAUGGUAUUCGGUGUGCUGAACUUCCAGAAAAGUAUUUGGAAGAGUACAAAGUAUGCUUGAAUUAUACAGAGCUUGGGUUCAGUAGUGUUCGAGAAUUUGCAUCACAAUUGCCAGAAAUUUUUCAUUGUGUACAGUCUGAAGAUAUAGGUGACUUUAUGCUUUAUUUUGCUAAAAGAGAUGUACCAUCGAAUGAUUCAAAGGAGAAACAUACAACUAUGAGUCUUGCACAAUUACAUGAGAUUUACUUACCGCACGAAGAAGAUGAAGCACUUCCAACAACUCUGUCAAUUGAUACAUGCAAUCAAUUAAUACCAGAUGGUAUAGUAACUAUCGGAGAAAGUGUAGGUCAUCUAAAUGUCGUAGACUUAGUGAGCGACGAGAAACCUUACGUAGAAGUUGUUAUUGCAGAAGUGUUCACUCCAGCAUUCUUUUGGAUACAACUUCGUAAAAAGCAAAGGACAUUUAAAACAUUUAUGGAUGAGUUGCAUAAUUUUUAUGUAACAAAACAUCAAGAUUAUGUUGUACCACCUGUUAUAUUAGAAAAAGGUCUAAAUUGUGCAUGUGUAUAUAAUGGAGUAUGGCAUAGAGGUAUAAUAAAAUCAGUGAAACCUGACUUACAAGUUACUGUGAUGUUUUAUGAUUAUGGUACGUUGAAAACAUAUCCGCCAAAUGCAGUGUGUUACUUGCAUAGAAUGUUUUCUCUUCUACCAGCACAAGCUAUACCUUGUGGUCUGUUUAAUACACGGCCGUAUAAAUCAUCAAAAUGGACACGUAAUGCCACUCAUCAGUUUGCCGUUAGAACAUCGAAUAUACCUUUAAUUGCAACAGUAGCAUCAAUGAAUGAAGAGGACAAUUCAAUGAUGGUAACAUUGACUGACACGUUAGAAGAAGAAGAUGUACACAUUAAUGAUUGGCUAGUUGAGCAGAAACUAGCAGAACAUGGAAAAAUGGUCUGUAUAAAGUUACGGAACUUUCCAUUUCUUUAUUAUUUACAAUGUCAGGAACGUAGGAAACAAAAAUCUAGAACACCUAAAACAUUUCAAUCUGAUAAAUUGGUAAAGCCAACAGAAUGUACAAAAUUAACACGCGCCGCAGGUUCUUCUCAAAAGAAAGUAGAAUUGUAUGAUUCGACUAUUAAUUCGCGGUCGUCAUCUGGAAAUAAUUUUGGUAUAGUUACUGAUAAUAAAAUAAGUUCCACGUCGUACCAGAAAGGCAAGGAAAUAUUACAGUAUCUUAAAAAUAAGCGUUUCAUCAAAGGGGCAGGUAGUAGCGGACUAAAUUUAAAAGGGAAGCAGCCAAGAAAUUUAAUACCUUUGUACGAACAGUUAAUGAACUUUAAGAGGAAUUCUAAGCCUUAUAAUAGUAAUUACACAGAACAUAAUGAUGGAGUGAAAAGCAAUGAUUUGUCAAAUUCUAAAUCAAUACUAAGUAAACAAAUGAAACAAACUUUAAGGGAAUCUCUGAAUAAUAUUAUCAAACAUGAUGACAACGAAUAUGAUGAUACUUCCGCAUCUUCUCAAUCUUCUUGUGGCAGAAACGUUUACGAGCAGUCAAACAAAAAGGAUGAUAUAUUGAGAAAUUAUACGUAUAUACCAAAAGAAUAUGCUAAUCAUUUUCAUAUACAAAAUUCAGAAGACGAAUCAGAUAUGACGUGUACAGAAACUUCUUCUGAUAUGUCUAACGAAUUUAAACAUGUAGAUUGGUCAGCUAUUUCUAAAGAUAUGGAACAAAGAAAAGGACAUAUUUCGCAGCAAGACGUUGUUGAAAAAACCUAUAAAUCAAUAUCAGAGAAACGGGACAAUAUACCGCUGGCUGAAAGUUAUUUUUUAAGAGCAGUUCGAGGUAGUGUUCAUUUUACUGAACGUGACGAAGACGUACGUUGGUUACCCACUGGAAAUAUAAAUCAGACGGAGGAUCCUUCUCCUUUAGUGCUAAGAAAUAUACAGAAACAAGCGGCAAGUAAUAGAAAAGAAAAGAUUGUAGCUAUUUCUAAGAAAAUGCUGAAUAUAUUGACAGAAGGUAGAUCCGCAGAAUUUCUCGAGCCCUCGACAGUCAUCUCUAAAAGUACAAAUGAAACACAAUUUAUCGAAUCUGCAGAGAACAAUAAUGAUUUAAUCAGAAAUAAUGCCCUUUACUCAAACGGUGGUGAUAAGCUUUGUGAUACAGAUUUUCAAAUGAAUUCUAAUAAUGGUACAUCUCAAUUGGAAAAUUAUUAUAUACACAUGAAAUCAUGUACUCUUGCAAGCAAAUUAUUACAUUUGUGGUCAAUGAAGCAACGUGAAUUGAAUCAGUCUGUAAGUCUAGAUUCGGACGAUCUCACUGCCUCAUGCACAUCAGUAUCAUCGCAAGAAAGUUUUAACAAUAAUGAUAGGGAGUCUGAAACAAGAGAAAAUGAAAUUAUAUUAAAUGAAGCACAUGCCAGACUUAACGCUAGUGAUAUCUCAAAUUCUGUUGAUGCAGAAAACGUAGAUAUAAAUAACUUAAGGUUAUAUGAAUGUAAAUCUGGCGAUGAUAAACCGCAUGAAGAACCAUUUGCAUCUACAGACAGACCAACAACAUCAGAUUUAUCAGAAGAAUUAGUACCAAUUGAAUCAGUGGUAAUGGAAGAAGUGUCAUUACCACAAAAAUCCAUACAAGUAGAAAAGUUAGCGAAGGAAUCAGAACAAAUAGAAGGUAGCUUAUCAACCAAAGAAACAAUAGUAACAGAAGAAUUAGUAUCGAUAAAUGAAGCACUAUCGGCUGAUGCAAUUACAGCAAAAUCUACUGUACCAGUUUUCAAUGAUAUUGAUAUAGAAUCUGAUACAGAAGAGUGGGAUGUAUACAUGCCAACUGAAAAUCUGCACCGUCUUUUGAAAAUUGAUUCUCCUUUUGCUAAAGAUAUUGAAAAUACAUUAGAUACCAAAAUUAAUAGCUGUUUAACAAUAGAAGAAGUAAAUGAUAUGGAUUCGGUUCAGAAUACAGAUAGAAUAGACAGACACAAAGAACAAGAGAAUUACAAAGAAUUAGAUAAGAUAGAAUGUUCAAAUGCAAAGUUUAAAAAUUUGAAAAAUGGACAGAAUGAAGUUACUACAACUUGUUUUAAAAAUAAUGUAGAAUCGAAUGGAAAAGAAGACUCCAUUUUAGAAAACUCAGUUUCAACGUAUAGUGAAUUACGAGGGAAAUCAAGAACAUUAAAAGAAAUGUUAAACAAGGCUAAGUUAAAGCAUUACAUUAUCAAGUAAAAGACUGUUUAAACUAAGAAAAAUGAAUCGUUUAAUUUGUUUACCUUUAUUUUAUAGUAAUUAUUUGACCCGUUACGGUAGGAAUAGAUGUAUAUAAAAAUGCCGGUACGUUUAGUGUUAAAACAUGGUUUUUACAACUAAAAGUACAUAGUAUUUUAGUCUAUAGUGCCAUUUUAUAGUAUUAUUUUAUUUCUUAUGAAUCAAAUGAAUGCUUACCAAUUAUACUUUACAGUUAACGUAAAAGUACAAAUCAAUUUUUAAGUUUUUGGGAAAAAUACGAUCUUUAUGUUUUCGCUUACAUGUACUAUGCUUUUUAUUUAAGUAAUAAAAAUAUUUUAAGAAGAAAGUCAACUGUGUACAUUUUACUUUAUACCAAUAUCUUUACAAUGUGCGAAAUGAUCUCAUAAAGUGAUCAUUUUUCCCAAAUAAUGUGUAUACACAAAUAAUAUUUCAUAAUGUAAUUCAUAAAGUAUCAUUUCGAUUGAUCAUUUCUUUUUCUUUUUACAUAGGAAGACAAAGUUGAUAUG